GUGGGUGAGACCCUUGGAUUUUCCGCAGUCACCUGUGUCCCCUCCGCCCGCCCUGGGCUCGCCCCCCAUCGCCCCCGUUCCCCCCAAGGAGGCAGCCCUCGCGCCUCCAGAGACCGGGACCCUCCCUUGCAGCCUGCGGCAGUCCCGGGGCGUCCCGAGCCCCGCUCUGCGGGCGGUCUGCGGCGGCGCGGGCGCGAAGAGGUUAACGCGCAUCCGCUCGGCAUGUUAAUGUGUCUAGGUGAUGUCAGUGGGAGCCGGGAAGGAGGGAGCGGGGAGGCGUCAGCGGCGCCGGGCGGCCGAGGGAGACCCCCCUCCUGGAGGGCGGCGGGACGCGGGUGCCGGGACGUGCGGGCGGGCGCCGGGCGCUGCGGCAGCCGGCGGGGGCGGACGCGCGGGCAGGCGGGCGCGGGCCGAGCCGCCGGCCACGAUGGACCUGGAAGCCUCGAUGCUGCCGCCCCCCGGCCCCAAUGUCAGCAACGCUUCGGAUGGGCCGGAUAACCUCACCUUGGCGGGCCUGCGUCCCCGCUCCGGGAGCGUCUCCUAUGUCAACAUCAUCAUGCCGUCCGUGUUCGGCACCAUCUGCCUGCUGGGCAUCGUGGGCAACUCCACCGUCAUCUUCGCCGUGGUGAAGAAGUCGAAGCUGCACUGGUGCAGCAACGUGCCUGACAUCUUCAUCAUCAACCUCUCGGUGGUGGACCUCCUCUUCCUCCUGGGGAUGCCAUUCAUGAUCCACCAGCUCAUGGGCAACGGCGUGUGGCACUUCGGAGAGACCAUGUGCACGCUCAUCACCGCCAUGGACGCCAACAGCCAGUUCACCAGCACCUACAUCCUGACGGCCAUGGCCAUCGACCGCUACCUGGCCACUGUGCACCCCAUCUCCUCCACCAAGUUCCGGAAGCCGUCCGUGGCCACCCUGGUCAUCUGCCUCCUGUGGGCACUGUCCUUCGUCAGCAUCACCCCGGUGUGGCUCUACGCCAGGCUCAUCCCCUUCCCAGGGGGCGCCGUGGGCUGCGGCAUCCGCCUUCCCAGGCCGGAUACUGACCUCUACUGGUUCACCCUGUACCAGUUCUUCCUGGCCUUCGCCCUGCCCUUCGUGGUCAUCACGGCCGCCUACGUGAGGAUCCUGCAGCGCAUGGCGUCCUCGGUGGCCCCCGCCUCGCAACGCAGCAUCCGACUGCGGACCAAGAGGGUGACCCGCACGGCCAUCGCCAUCUGCCUGGUCUUCUUCGUGUGCUGGGCGCCCUACUACGUGCUCCAGCUGACGCAGCUGUCCAUCAGCCGCCCGACGCUCACCUUCGUCUACCUGUACAACGCGGCCAUCAGCCUCGGCUAUGCCAACAGCUGCCUCAACCCCUUCGUGUACAUCGUGCUCUGUGAGACCUUCCGCAAACGCCUGGUCCUGUCGGUGAAGCCCGCAGCCGUGGGGCAACUGCGCACGGUCAGCACAGCCCAGACCGUUGAUGAGGAGCGGACAGAGAGCAAGGGCACCUGACGCGCCGCCGGCCACCCUGAGUCACCGCACGGCGGCGGCGGCGACGACAGCCCGCCACGGGGAGAGCUGCCCGACCA